UAUGAUGGGGUACGCAGACGGAGCUGCUUUGUGCUGCAGCAGACUUAGUCCUUACACACGUACCAGGUACUUACCUUCAGCCAGAAACAUGAACUGCACAGGGACAGAGCUCUCGCUGGCUAACUGCUCUUUCUCGUCUUCGACUGCUAACUGCCCUGCCAGCCACCUGGCAUCUGCUGUCUGCUACAAAACCAACAAAGCACAAGUAGAUACGACUUUCUCCGUUCGACUUGUCAACGGUUCCUCAAACUGGGGACGGGUGGAGGUGAGGUACAUGGGGGCCUGGGGUGUGGUGUGCGUCGGUUCGUCGUGGAACGACUCUGCGGCAACUGUCGUCUGCAAACAACUUGGGUUCACAGGCGGGGUCAAGUUUGGGGGACCACUCAUCAGCCAGUUUGACGGAAGUGGCUGGGUUACCUCCCUUAACUGCACAGGAAGGGAGACAAGUCUGGACGAGUGCGUGGUGCGGCCGCUAGGGGCGCCUUCCUACUCCUGUACAGCAGCCCACGCUCUGUGUUACACCACAACGGCGCCCAAGGUGCAGCUGGUGGGUGGAGGGGCCAGCUACGGGCGUGUGGAGGUGUCUGUGGAUGGAGGGAUGUACACAGUCUGCGACAACCACUGGUCUGAAUAUGAUGCGACAGCCGUCUGCAAGAGCUGGGAUUUCAAGGAGGAGACGCGAUAAUGAGGUCCUACUAUGGUCCCGGCAGUGGUCAGGUGCCCUCGACAGCGUCUCGUGUGGUUACUCGGACAAGAGCCUUCUGGGCUGUCGGAGCAAGGGCUGGCUGCAGACGGACACAGCCUGUAGUGAUCACACCAAGGACGCGGGUGUCACCUGCUUCGGUGCAGUCCGGCUCAGAAAGGGAGACCAUUCCCACGGAGUUCUCACAGUCAAAAUCGGAAGAUGGUACUACGCAGUGUGUGGCACUGGCUUCGAUGACACAGACGCUACAGUGGCGUGUGGACAGCUGGGAUUUGAACGCGGAAUAGCUUUGCCAACAGGGUCAUACGGCACGUACCAGGAUGCCUACAAAUGGAGGAAUCUCAACUGCUCAGGAAAUGAAAGCAGCAUUUUCCAGUGUAGGCACGAUUCAGGUUCCUGUGUUCGGAACAGUUUCACCAACUACGCCUCCGUGUAUUGCUUCAAUGGCUCCAUCGCAUCAGCCUCUUCGCUGUCCCUGGAGGACGGUCAGGGGCCGAUCACUAACUCCUCCGGCCGGCUGGUGGUGAGGCUGAGCGGUGUUCAGGGCAAAGUGUGUCCCGCCUACUGGGAUGACUUGGAUGCCCGCGUGGCCUGCAGACAGCUGGGACAUGGGGAUGGUCUGGCACUGGCUUUCUCUGGUCCUCGCCCAGGCCCCUACCUGCUCAACGAUGUGGCUUGCACGGUCUCGAGACGUCCAUCUUUAGUUGCCUUGGCAACGAAACGUGCUCUCUUCCGUACGGCAACCCACCUGAUGCAGGUGUUCUGUGCUUCAAUGGCAGCGCACCUGUGAUUCAGUUGAUCGGAGGGACCUCAGACAGCGAGGGUGUGGUUCAGGUGGUGUAUGGAGGUCAGGCCGGCACAGUGUGCUCCUCCACCUCUCGCCGGACACCGAACGCCAGGGUGGUGUGCCGCCAGCUGG